AUGUUGGAGUUGAGAGCAGUACUGAGCCAGGUAGACGAGGAGGGCAGUGAACACCCUGUAGCAUACAUCAGCAGAAAAUCACUACUUUGGAAAUCUGACCUAUUUGCAGCUUGUUUAUUGAAGAAUCAAAGUGAGACAAAUGAAUUCCAACUCAUUGGAUUCACCAAACAAGGAAACACAAGUAUUAUAUUGUUUGUGUUUUUUCUGGUAAUCUAUGUAUUGACCCUACUUGGUAAUAUCAUCAUCAUUGUUCUCAGCAGAAUUAAUGCUACUCUAAAGACCCCUAUGUAUUUUUUCCUAAACAAUUUCUCCUUCCUUGAAAUUGGUUAUACUACAGUCACUGUUCCCAAGAUGCUCUUUGACUUAUUAUUGGGAAAUAUAACCAUCUCAUUUAAUAGCUGCCUUACUCAGAUGUACUUUUUUUUUCUGUUUGGCACAACCGAAUUUUUCAUUCUGGCUUUAAUGGGAUUUGACAGAUAUCUUGCAAUCUGCCAGCCACUUCACUACAUGAACAUCAUGAAUACAAUGUUCUGCUUUAAGCUUGUCCUUGGAUCUUGGAUAAGUGGUUGUGUUGUGCCUAUUUUACCAACCAUCAUUCUUUCCAAGAAACCAUUUUGUGGAUCAAAAAAAAUUAACCAUUUUUUCUGUGAUGUUGGUCCUCUGGUGAAGCUUUCCUCUCCUGACACUGUUUUACUUGAUGCUAUAGUCUUCACUGUCUCCUCCGUUGUGGUUCUUAAUUCAUUACUGAUAGUUACGGUGUCCUAUAUAUACAUUGUUGCUGCCAUCUUACGAAUACCAUCUUCUGUUGGUCAGCACAAGGCUUUCUCCACGUGUGCUUCACAUUUCUCAGUAGUAACUCUGUUCUUUGGCACUGUGAUUUUUAUGUAUCUUCGGCCAUCCUCUGGAGAAAAUAAUAACAUGGACAAAGCUGUAUCUGUUUUCUAUUCUGUAAUUACACCUGCACUGAAUCCUCUCAUUUAUAGUCUAAGAAACAAAGAGGUGAAAUCUGCCUUAACAAAAAUAUUCCAUAGAAGAAGACAAUCUUGGAAACAUUUAGAGGUUAUUCACACUUUAACAUAG